AUGGCGUUGUCGAUGCUGCUGAACGGGUUGAAGGAGGAGGACAGAGAGCCCAUCAUCGAGCUCUUGAGUUGUGUCACAACUGUUGACCUGAAAAGGAAGCCUGCAGACCUGCAGAACUUGGCUCCAGGGACCCACCCACCAUUUAUAACUUUCAACAAUGAGGUCAAAACGGAUGUAAAUAAGAGUGAAGAAUUUCUUGAAGAAGUCUUAUGCCCUCCCAAGUACUUAAAGCUUUCACCAAAACACCCAGAAUCAAGUACUGCUGGAAUGGACAUCUUUGCCAAAUUCUCUGCAUAUAUCAAGAAUUCAAGGCCAGAGGCUAAUGAAGCUUUGGAGCGGGGUCUCUUGAAAACACUGCAGAAAGUAGAUGAAUAUCUGAAUUCUCCCCUGCCUGAUGAAAUUGAUGAGAAUAGUAUGGAGGACAUUAAGUUUUCCACAUGUAAAUUUCUGGAUGGCAAUGAAACAACACUAGCUGACUGCAACCUGCUGCCCAAGCUGCACAUUGUCAAGGUGGUGGCGAAAAAAUACCCCAACUUUGAUAUUCCAAGAGGAAUGACUGGCACCUGGAGAUACCUAACUAAUGCCUACAGUAGGGAUGAGUUCACCAAAACCUGCCCCAGUGAUAAGGAGGUUGAAAUAGCAUACAGUGAUGUCGCCAAAAGACAUCAAAAGACAUUACCAAAUAAAAGAGGACUUACGAGAGAAAUGUCUUCACAUCUUCCCCUGACUAAGAACAUAGUUUUCCUAACAGACUGCGCCUCUUCCUAG